AUGUCAAGUGAUAUAGUUCGACCUAAUUCGAUCUCACAGUUAAUGCCAAAUAUGAAAAAUGUCAAUCUAACAUUUAUUGUUCUUGACAUUGGCCAAUCACGACGCACGCCACAAGGACAUGAUGUUCGGACAAUACGCGUUGCUGAUCCAACAGGUUCCGUUCUCAUGGGUGUAUGGAACGAUGUCGGCGAUAAUAUUUCCGCUGGUGAUAUUUGGCGACUGAGGAAUGGUUUUACGACGAUCUUUAAGGGUUCGUUAAGUUUAUCAUAUGGCAAAAUUGGUGAAUUAUUAAAAACAGGUGAGUUUUUUAUGGUUUAUUCGGAUAUUCCAAAUAUGAGUGAAUAUAAUGCUGAAUAUGCUACGAAAUUCCCGUCGAAUCGAAAGGGUUCACCGGACGAUGAAACAGCAGGCAACGGACAUGGAGGUAAUGGCAGCGUACAACGGUCUCAUUCAACAGCUGGUAUCCAUCGACCAAUAAAACGAUCAGCACCGUCUCAGGGACAGUUCCGACGUGACGGGCUUCCUGGAGUUUUCUACAAAAUUUCAUAUGAAUCCUUCAUGAAGCUGGCUGUUUGGUUUAUCGCGAUGUUUCGGUACUUUUUCUUGCUUCUUCUUGCUCAAUUAUGUCCUCACUUCCCAAUCGGUGCAACGUCUGUCUAG